AUGUCACCAGAGGCUUUAGAAGAUAAUUCUGUUAAGAAGGCCAUCAUCAGAAUUUUAAAAAACGUGGUGUGCGUUGCAGUAGAUGAGGCACAUUGCAUAGAGCAAUGGGAGUGUGAAUUUCGAACAGCAUAUGGAAGUCUGGGGAAAGUACGGAGUUUAUUAAUGCCUGAAGUGCCAGUUAUUGCUCUAACUGCAACAGCAACACAGGGAACAACAUCAACAAUAAUAGCGACACUGGAGAUGAAAGGAUGUAGUGGUGUUAGAGGCUCAACAAACAGGACAAAUAUCAAUUAUUAUGUGGAAAAGCUUCCAAAAUAUCAGGAUUAUGAUUUUCAUAGACAGGAUCACGUUUUUGCGGAUUGCUUUAAGCAUAUUAUUAGUGAUGUACAGAAAAAUGGAUUGCAUAGUCAAAAGUAUUUGAUUUUUUGCUAUACAAAGUCUUGUUGUUGUGAUAUUUUUGAAUUUUUUGAAAGGAAGCUUGGAGAAAAACUGUGGGUUGAUACAGAUAAAGGAGAUCAAAAGAGAAUCAUUGAAAUGUAUGUGAAAGUGACUGACGAGAUGACAAAGAAAAAUAUAAUAGAACGGUUUACUUCAAUAGUUGGAAGUUUACGCAUUGUUGUGGCAACUGUUGUUUUUGGAAUGGGUGUAGACUGUCCUGACAUUAGGGAAGUAUACCAUUUUCGAGCACCUCCAUCCUUAAUGGAUUAUAUGCAAGAAAGUGGCCGUGCAGGAAGAGACGGGCUACCCUCUAAGGCAUUCCUAUUUUACUCAUCUAAGGAGUUUGGAAACCGAUUAUCAAAGUUCAAGAAAAAUAAGGGAAAGAACAGUGAAAUGCACAUUAAAGACCUUGAGGACAUGAAAAGGGCUGAGUUUAAUAAUCAACAAUCUACUGUAACAUCUGCUACCUCUUUAGAAAAGGACUAUGUUCCUUUGUCUCCAGUUCAAAAACAAUUCUUAAAGCAGAAGCUUGAGAAUUACAGAAGCAGUUUAAUAGAUGGUUCUGUUCUAGGUGUUGACUACUCCACAGGAUUCACACUUGCAUUGAUAAACGAUAUUGUUGGUAUGUGUGAUGAAAUUUUUUCAAUUAAUGAUGUGCUGACAAAGCUGGUGUGGAGUGAAAAUCAAGCUGAAAAUAUACUGUCGAUUUUGUCACAAGCAAAAGAAGUUUAA